AUGGCGAAGAGCAGAAACCAAUCCCAGCGUUCCCGCGCAGCGCGUAGGGCAGCGUCCCCAAGCCUGGACCUCGACAAGUCGGUGACUUCGCUGCCCCGAGCAGAAUCUCCCACCACACAAAGGCCUUCGGUUCUGGCCGAGCGCGCCAAUGCCGGUGUCCAGAAAAAACAGAAGAAAAAUGACAAGAUUUCGAGGGCUCAACGCUUAAGGCAACAAAAGGGAAUGGACCGAGCCGAGGCCGUCUUGGAUCAAUUGGAGAUCAAAAAGGCCAAAAGUAUCUCUCGCGGCAAGUCCGUCAACGCCAGAAGGGCUGAUUGGGAAGAUACCAACCGCAAAACCAUGACGUUCGCCGCCCUCCAAGAGGAUGAUGACGAGGAUGAUGAGGACGACGAUGCAAUGGUCGAAGAAUCUGCGGCUCCCAAGGCCGUUGUAGCAACGAAUGUCUUCGAAAUGGUGGCCGAAAACUCCGAUCCAGCAACGGAUGAUGCUGCGCCCGUCGAUGAGACCGACGAGAUCACCUGA